CUCCGAUUCUCUAAUUAGGGCACAAUUAGACAGACCCCCAUUAUAUAAAAGAAAAGAAGAGGCAGAAAAAAAAAUCAAAAUAAAAAAAAUCAGAGAAAUUUUCCGAAGAAGAAUCAAGAAUGUCGACCAGGGUGGCUCUGAAGGCGAAAGGCGGCAAGUCCAAUCGGAACAAAGCCUCGGCGGCUGCAGCUGGAGAGGAAGACGGGCCGUCGACUGUGAAGAUUGUGAAAGACUGGACCAAUUGGGGUCUCCACAAAGCAAAAGUCGUCGCGCACUAUGGAUUCAUCCCUUUGAUCAUUGUAAUCGGGAUGAACUCGGAGCCAAAGCCCUCUUGGGCUCAACUCUUAACUCCCGUGUGAGAAAACUGGAGAAUAGCUUAUCAGGGCCACGACCCAUGUUCUUGAGAUGAAGUAGAAAAAAAUGGGUUUUAUUUAAUUUGAUGCUUACUGGGUCGGUUAUAGUAUUAGUCGAUUUCACAACUGGUGUCUAGUUUUCGUGAUUUUGGAAUGUGGGGGCUUUUUUUUUUUAGUGUAAUGGGAUUGUGCUAUUUUUAGCUCAAUUAUGAACUAUCGCUGUGUUCUUGGGAUUUCUUAAUACUAUUAUGAUGUGAGUUUAGAGCCUUUUGCUUC